AUGUUAGCGUCGUUUACGCAUGGAUCGACAUCAACAGUAUCAAACAGUGCCAGAGCUGUUCAUGAUUAUGGUGGUGCUGUUGGGUCUAUGGCAGGAGCACAACCACAAGAAGUCUCAGCAAUGUUUGUGUUUGGAGAUUCAUUAGUUGACAAUGGAAACAAUAACUAUUUGGCUUCAUGGGCAAAAUCAAAUUAUGAACCUUAUGGUAUUGAUUUCAAUCAAGGUCCUACCGGUAGAUUCUGCAACGGGAAAACCAUUAUUGAUCUUCUUGGGGAUUUAUUGGGACUUCCUUAUAUCCCAGCUCAUGCAAGCGUUGACAAAGUUGAAAUGAUGCAGCGUGGAGUAAACUAUGCUUCAGCUGCUGGAGGCAUUCUUGACGUAACCGGCCGAGACCUUGGAGAUCGUUUUAGCUUGGGGCAGCAGGUUGGUCACUUCACAGAAAAUAUGAACCAGUUAAGGAAAGAAAUGGGUGCUAAGAUGAAUAUGAGUGAAUACCUGUCAAAGUCCAUAGCAGUGGUGAUCAUUGGAAGCAAUGACUACAUCAACAACUAUCUCCUGCCUACUCUCUAUGCCACUAGUUACUACUAUAGGCCGGAUGACUAUGCUGACCUUCUCAUCAACCACUUCUCCGAAAAGCUUAUGGAACUUCAUAGUGCAGGACUCAGGAAGUUCUUUCUGGCAGGUGUUGGACCACUUGGCUGUAUCCCGAAUCAACUCGCCAACAAUUUUGUUCCACAUGGACAGUGCGUUUCGUAUGUGAACCAAAUGGUGCAAAUGUUCAACGUACGUCUCAGAUCACUCAUUGAUAGUAUGAAUAACAAAAACCCAGGGGCGAUAUUUGUGUAUGGAGACACAUUUGGAGCAUUUAAUGACAUGAUAAAGAACCCUUCAAAAUAUGGAUUUCAAGUUAACGAUCAUGGAUGUUGUGGACUUGGAUUGAAUCAAGGACAGAUCACUUGCCUUCCCAAUGCAACUCCAUGCGCAAAUAGGAAAGAAUACGUCUUUUGGGACGCCUUCCAUCCAACAGAAGCUGUGAAUUCAAUACUUGCUCUCAGGGCUUAUUUAGGCCCUCCUUCGGACUGUCAUCCCAUUAACGUGAAACAGAUGGUUCAGGUUUAA